AUGAGAAGAUGUCCUCACCAUGGAUUACCUAAGUGGUUGCAAGUUCAGACUUUUUAUAAUGGUUUCCGUGGACCUUUUAGAACUACCAUUGAUGCUACCACUAGAGGUACAUUCAUGAGUAAAUCCAUUGAUAAGGCUUAUGAUUUGCUCGAAGAGAUAGCUUCUAAUAAUUAUCAAUGGCCAUUAGAAAGAUUGGGUACAAGAAACAUUGUUGGAAUUCAUGAAUUAGAUGUGAUGAACACUGUUUCUACACAAUUAGCCUCUCUCACAAAGAAAAUAGAUAAACUGAAUGCUAAUGCUGUUCAGAACUCCUUUAUGACAUGUGAAUUUUAUGGGGAAGGACAUUCCAAUGAAAAUUGUCCUUUCUAUUCUGAGUCUUCGGCUAAGUCAAACUCUCCCCCUGGAUUUCCUUCUAGAGCCCCUAUGCUCGAGAAAAAGCCUUUGAUGGAGGAUAUGUUCAUGCAGUUCAUGACAAAGACUGAUGCAUUCAUUACAAAGACUGAUACAUUCAUAACAAAGACUGAUGCAUUUAUAAUAAAGACUGAUGCCUCCAUUCAAAAUCAAACAGCGUCAAUUAGAAACUUUGAGAUACAAGUAGGCCAACUUGCCAGUGCUUUAAAUACUAGACCUCAUGGUACCUUACCCAGUGAUAUUGAACCCAACCCAAGAAGAGAAGGUAAGGAACAUUGUAUGGCAAUCACUCUCUGCAAUGGAAAAGAGGUACAUGACAAGUUUCAGGCUGAAGAAUUGAGAAAGUCACUUUGGGCAAAGAAUGUCCCUGCCAAAGUGUAUGUUGGUAUGCGAUACUGGCAUCCAUUCACUGAAGAAGCUAUUGAGCAGAUAAAAAAAGAUGGAAUAACAAAGCUUGUUGUACUUCCUCUUUAUCCACAAUUCUCAAUAUCAACUAGUGGUUCAAGUCUUCGACUCUUGGAAAGUAUAUUCCGUGACGAUGAGUAUCUAGUGAACAUGCGGCAUACAGUCAUACCUUCCUGGUAUCAACGUGACGGAUAUAUAAAAUCUAUGGCAAAUUUAAUUGAAAAGGAGCUGCAGAAGUUUGACCAUCCAGAAAAGGUGGUGAUAUUUUUUAGUGCACACGGGGUGCCACUUGCAUAUGUAGAAGAGGCUGGUGAUCCUUACAAGGCAGAGAUGGAAGAAUGUGUGGAUUUGAUAAUAGAGGAGUUAGACAAGAGAAAGAUCACUAAUGCCUACGCUCUUGCUUAUCAGAGCAGAGUUGGGCCUGUGGAAUGGUUGAAGCCCUAUACUGAUGAGACAAUAGUUGAGCUAGGGCGAAAAGGAGUUAAAAAUCUUCUGGCUGUACCAAUUAGCUUUGUCAGUGAGCAUAUUGAAACUCUUGAAGAGAUUGAUGUUGAGUAUAAAGAGUUGGCUUUUGAAUCUGGUAUAGAAAAUUGGGGUCGUGUUCCUGCACUAGGAUGCGAACCAAUGUUCAUUUCAGACUUGGCAGAUGCUGUGAUCGAGAGUCUUCCAUAUGUUGGUGCUAUGGCAGUUUCAAAUCUUGAAGCUAGACAGUCAUUAGUUCCGCUUGGCAGUGUGGAAGAGUUGUUGGCAGCAUAUGAUUCACAACGUAGGGAGCUUCCACCACCUGUGACUGUUUGGGAAUGGGGUUGGACGAAAAGUGCUGAAACUUGGAAUGGUAGAGCGGCCAUGCUUGCAGUGCUUGUCCUACUGCUCCUAGAGGUCACCACCGGAGAGGGAUUUCUGCAUCAGUGGGGUGUAUUGCCCUUGUUCCGCUAAAUGAACUCUUACUGUGAUACAGAAAAAUUAAUGAAGAUAAGUGUAAAUUUCAAAAAACGUAUAUCCUAUAUACAUUCCAUUAGAAUAUCUCCAUAGAUAAGUUACGGUGGAUGCAGACAUAUGUAUAUUAGUGCCUUAGUCACACACUGAUUCAGGUAAUAGCUUAGACGCAUGGUGUGCAAAUCUUUUGUGGGUGAAAAGCAAAUUCAUAAUAGUGGACUAGUAAUCUCUA